GUGGCUCUCCUGUUCUCACCGCUUCCGUUGCUUCUCACGACGUAUUUGCGAUAAAGUUGCGCAUUUUUCGUCUCGCAUCUGCUAACGUAAAACUAACAUGGCUCCCCCAACGUAUAACGAUUUGGGAAAGAGUGCUCGUGAUGUAUUUGGCCAAGGUUAUCACUUUGGUCUUUUCAAACUAGACGUAAAGACCAAAACUAAUUCUGAUGUAGAGUUUUGUUGUGGCGGUGUGUCCAAUCAGGAUACUGGAAAAGUGUUUGGCAAUUUGGAGACUAAAUACAAGCUCAAGGAAUACGGCUUGUCAUUUAGUGAGAAGUGGAAUACCGACAAUACUCUUGCGACUGAUGUUUCUAUUGCUGAUAAGUUGCUCAAGGGACUUACGCUUGGUUACAGCUGUACCUUUACUCCACAAACUGGGAACAAAACUGGAAAAUUAAAGACAGCUUAUAAACAUGAAAACGUAUCUGCAAAUGCUGAUUUUGAUCUCAGCUUGUCUGCUGGGCCUUUAGUUUAUGCCUCGGCAGUCGUGGGCUAUCAAGGAUGGUUGUGUGGUUAUCAAGCAUCCUUUGAUUCACAAAGGAAUAAACUUACAAGGAACAACUUUGCUGUUGGAUUUACUGCUUCUGAUUUUGCUGUCCAUACCGCUGUGGACAAUGGUCGUGACUUUAACAGCUAUAUUUAUCAUAAAGUAAAACCAGGCUUGGAGGGAGCAAUUAAUUUGGCAUGGAAUUCCAGUAACAACGUAACACAGUUUGGUAUUGGAGCUAAGUAUAACCUUGAAAAUGAUGGUGCCAUUAGAGCAAAGAUAAAUUCAAACCUUCAAAUAGGGUUGGGAUAUCAACAGAAACUGCAAGAUGGUGUAACUUUGACAUUUUCCACAAACAUUGAUGGAAAGAACUUUGGUUCUGGUGGUCACAAGUAUGGUGUUGCAUUAGAUCUUCAAGCUUAAAUAUGCACCAUUAUGAAAUAACAUUUAUUACAAAACAGCAGAAAAUUUAUCCCCUUAUAAAUAAACAUUUUGUGACUAUGUGUCAUAAAAACAAUUUGGCAGUACAUGCUUCAAAUAAAAUAUAUGUAAUAUGUAGAUAAGUUGAUAUUCGAAUAGGUACUACAAAAAUAUCAUGCAUUAUUUGAAAUUAAAUGGAGAAAAGGUUAAUUAAUAAAUAUAUUAUAUAUUUAUAUAUUAUAAUAAAAUAUAUAUACAUAUAUAAUAUACAAUAUUGCAUAAUUAUAUGAUCAUGAAUUUAUGAAUAACAUAAAAUCACGAUUGUACAGAUGGUAAAGUUUUAAUACUACUGAUGGCAUUUGAGUCGUGCAGCUUGUGUUUCAGUUCCUGUUGAUAUUAAAAUUCUUUCCAUAAAAAAACACAUCAAUAAUGCUAUGAUAUAAAAAGGGGUAGCAAUACAAAAUAUUUUAAAAGACAAUUAUUUAAAUUAAUUUUUGUUUGUUUGCUUUGUAGUAUAAAUACGUAAUACAUGUCAAUAAUUAUUGACAUACGGGACAUUGCUAUUCUUACACCAUAUCAUCAUAUUCAAUUGUUUAUUAGCUUGUGCACAACGGCAUAAAUUUUGAAAAAUGUAAAGUAUCUUUGAUAAAACUUAUGCCCUAGUAUUAUAUAUGAAACUUAUUGUGUUGUUUCAGUAAAAUAUUUAAUAUUGCAAACUAGUUAUGGGUUUAGUAAAGAACGUUGUACGAAGUAUGAAUGUAAUUUAUUUACAACAAGAA